AUCAUCUUUGACACCGGAAGGUCCCCCAAUGGGUAAAUAAGCUUGCCCUUCCUCCGUGGUUGAUAGCAGGAGCUGCGCCUCAGAAGCAGUGCACACGAUGAUUUGCUAUUUGUGGGUACCCGGUUUCUUACCAUGGGAUACAGUGACUUUCCUGGGACAGAUGGGACCUUUGGGGUCGAGGCGUUUAGCACCGUUGGGGGUAAAAACAAACAAACAAAACGAAAAACAGCGAUUAAUCUUAGAAUCUGGUAGGAAUGCUUCUAGGAAGGGAAAGGAGCACUUGCAAUUCGAACCCCCUGUUCUUCCCGUCGCUGACCCAGAGUGGGGUACUGUAAAUUACAAGCACUCGCACCGGUACUGUACAACUGAGUUUAAGUUCGUUGAGUUAUUUUUUUCUUGGGAUCGCGAUUAGAAAGCUGCAUUCCUUCAAAAGUGAUAUCGGAUCUGAGAACUGCUCGAGUACUUCGCUUAAUCAGGAACUUCGGGCGUCAGGAGCGGAUCGGGGAUAGAGAGGCGUUACUGGAGGAGCCAUGCCUCAUCAGGUAAACAUGUUUCGUCUCUGAAUGCGAAAAAUUGGCCCGACGGAGAUGGUGGAUGAUAAGGGUUUUUACGGUGUCGAGUUGCUCAUUAACUCAGCUAUAAGUUAGGUGCUAAUUAGACUACCGUAUCGUCUUCAGGAGUUGUCACUCUUGCAUGGCAAAAGCUCUGCAACAGGUGAGCUUAUGUCCGAUAUGUGUACGAGUACAGUACAGUACGCUUGUCAAAAAUCCCGAUCUGAUCAUCUGAUAUUCCGCCCAACCUGAUCUCUCCCUCGCAUCCCAACAUCUACCUCCAGACAAGGAUCUUGGCCGGCCGGGCGGAAGGGAGGGGAGGGAGAAGAACAAAACAGACUCGACAAAUGUCUGUGACUUGGUCAGAAUAAUAAGAGAGCUUCCUGAAAGAUCCAAAUUUACCCAAGGGGACCGAGGUCUCGAGGGGGCGAUGCUGGUUACUCGAGAAUUCCUGUGCUGCGAUGCAUCUGCAAUUUCUGUUCGGUUAAGUCGGCCCGCCACUUGGCAGGGAAAACAAGCUUCAGCGGAGGCUUUUACCGGAUGAACUUAGCUCCCCGUAUGCGCGUAUUAAAGCUCCUGCAGUGGAGACUGGGACCUGUACGGUACGAGUACUCGUGCUGUGCUCCUACUCGAGUACCUGUAGGGAAAACGCGCAUCUCUCCCCUCACCACACCAUUCCGCCAUCACUCGUGGCACAGGAUUGCCCCGCUUCUCCGCAACUCCCCGUGCUGGAGUUGGGAUGGAGAGUACGAGUACCGGUAAAGAUCUUCCUCUUCUGCCCUUCGGUUUGCUCUCCGGAUGCUAUUUGUUGGCGUCUUGUCAGCUUAUCGACCUUCCCGUCGAGUUUGGAGCGCGGUUUAUCUCAUUCAACAUCAUACCCCCACAACAGGCGGCUGCACCGUCAUUUCUGUACCGGUACUACUCGUACCUCGGACUGAUAAUCCUUUCCCCGAUUCUGCGGGGGAAGGGCCGGUACCUUCGUCAUUGUUAGGAACCGGUAUCGUGGAUGAGUAAAUUAUGAAAAGGGUAGUACAUGCAAACGAAUACGUCACCCGAUACGGGGCCCGCUGUGUUGCUAGGAGCAGAAUGGCUUUCCUCAAGCAUCGAGAGCACUGUGCUCGAGCACGGUGGACUGUGGAAACUUACCCCGCAUCGGCCUUGUAGCGGAUUGAUGUGGUGACAUUUGGAAGGAGGGGGGGCCCGCUAUCACCCCGGUUCCCCCGGAUAUUGAACCCUCCGCUGAAGGGUCGAGAUGCCCCCCAGUGUUGGCCGGGUCAGGGCCCCACAGAUCAGAGAACGCCUGGGGAAGGAAAUCACAUAAAUCCGGACUCUCCCCGGUGUUCCCUUCCACACCUACGCUUCCUGAUCUGUCCCUCGGCCAACCAGUCAAAGGAUAGAAGCCAUGCCCCGACCGAGUGCAGGACAGUAUGCGGCCACCCGCAUCAGUACUCUCAAACCACCGGGGAACAUACCUCCCAACCCGAUUACUGUCCUUCGCCAGUUGAACCGGAGACAGUGGCAGUUUUUCCUGGUUGCUUUUGCAGGGUGGACAUGGUAUAUCACCCCUGCGGUUCGUUGAAAUAUGAAAAUAAUUGAUGUAUCAGGGACGCGUUCGACUUUUUCACAGUAUCUUUGACCAUCACGCCACUCGCGAAAGCGUUCGACAGGUCCAAGGCCGACAUCACAUGGGGUAUAACUUUGGUAUUGAUGUUGCGAAGUGUCGGCGCCAUAUCCUUCGGUAUUGCUGCCGACAAGUGGGGAAGGAAAUGGCCUUUUAUAAUUAAUAACGUUUUGUUUAUCGUUCUAGAAAUGGCAACCGGUUUCUGCAAUACGUUGGUCGCCCGGCCCCCCGUUUGGUGGCUUGAGCUAACGGUUUCUAAGCUACGAGCAGUUUCUGGGAGUUCGUGCCCUAUUCGGCAUUGCCAUGGGUGGAUUGUAUGGUAAUUGCGCUGCAACUGCUCUUGAGGAUGCACCCAGCGAAGCUCGUGGCAUACUAUCGGGUAUGUUACAACAGGGUUAUUCUUUUGGCUAUCUUCUCGCCACAGUCUUCUCUCGUGCGUUUGUCGACACAACGCCUCAUGGGUGGAGGCCCUUGUUCUGGUUUGGGGCAGGCCCUCCAGUCCUGAUUAUUGCUUUCCGGUUAUUUCUCCCGGAGACAAACAGCUUUCUUGAACGACAGGCCAUGAGGAGAGAACGCUACGAAGGCGUAGAUAGUAUCCAAAGGGUUGUCUGGAAAGAGGCGAAGGUAGGGUUCAAGAAGCAUUGGCUCCUUUUGAGCUAUCUUGUCCUAAUGAUGGCUGGCUUCAACUUUAUGGUAUCCGAUUCUUCUCGCCUCUGAUUGAGACCAAGGCUUACAUGACUCAGUCCCAUGGCUCCCAAGACCUUUACCCAACAAUGUUGGAAAACCAGCUUGAAUUCUCAAAAAACAAGAUCACCGUUACUCAAGUUGUCGCGAACCUCGGGGCAAUGCUGGGCGGAACCACAGUUGGUUACCUCUCGCAAAUGUUUGGUCGAAGGUUGAGCAUAAUCGUCGUUUGCAUCGCCGGUGGUGCCCUCAUAUACCCAUACUGCUUCAUUCGGAAUAAUGGGGUAAUCGCCGCAGCAUUCUGGGAGCAAUUUUUCGUGCAGGGGGUAAGCACCGCCCUGGUUUCUUUCCGAGGGGUGGGACUAAUUUUUGCAGGCAUGGGGCGUCGUCCCAAUCCAUCUCGUCGAACUCUCACCCUCAGGAGCACGCACUACUAUCGUCGGAACAGCCUACCAACUUGGAAACCUUGCCUCCUCUGCAUCAUCCACCAUCGAGGCCACUAUCGGUGAGAGAUUCCCCCUUCCAGACGGAGAAGGAGGUGUCCUGCGCUACGAUUACGGAAAGGUCAUGGCGAUCUUCAUGGGAUGUGUGUUUGCAUAUGUCAUCAUUCUGGUACUUGUUGGACCGGAGAAGUUGGGGAGGGAUAUGAGUGAGAGCGCUGCUGGAGGGGAACUGGGUGAGGAUUGGAGCGAUAAGGAGAAGACAGCCGAGGCUUUGGAGAGGGUUUAGGGGGGUCAUGAGGUGUGAGACGUUUACGAAUUUUCCUGACGAUUUUCUUUCAUCGGAUUCUGGGCAACGGAAGAGAGAGUGCGGGGAUGGCGAAGAAGUGAGGGGGGAAGGCAUUCAUGUUUGUAAAUAUUAAGGGGGCGCUAUCCUUGAUUUUGAACCAUCUGUCUGAAGGAGUUCCUCGAGGAAAUCGAUAAUAGGAGUUAGCAUUGAACGGGUGUAUGACCAUUUCGCCCCACGAAAAACGGUGGAGUAAGAUCUUGGCGCUGAUUGACUAGCACCUUAUUCUGCCGGCGGUAAUGGAUGCUUAAAUUGUCGCAAACAAGGGUUUAGGCCUUUGGCAAUUGAACCCACAGGGGAAAAGAGUACUUGCCUUGCGAUUCCUCCCUCGUUUUGGGAUAUCUGGUGCAUGAUUGGAGGAUUAUCGGCUUCCUUCUCUUUGAAAUGUUGCUUGUAGAGAAUUUCCCUUGUUGGGUUUGUUUCAGGAAAAAAAUAAAUCUGUGCUCAUGCGGGAUCUGCUGGGCAAUGGGUCAGGCACACAGUACUGGUUCGGCGGGUUA